AUGGUGGUUGCAAGCUGUAACAGAUUCCUCAGCGUCAUUGGAGUGCGGGGGGACCGCGCGACGGGAGAAAAACGGACGCAACUUGCCCCCACCAUGCGAACAGUAAGGCCACUGGACCCUGCUGUCGCUGCCGCAUACCCCGAUAACACAGUUAUCAACAGCCAUUACACGUUCUACAACUUUUUGUUUCUUAGUCUCUAUGAACAGUUUCGACGCCCGCUGAAUUUCUACUUUUUAUUGGUUGCAUGUCUGCAGUUUAUUUCCGUGAUUGCGCCCGUGAGUCCCUUUUCCACAUUGCUGCCACUUCUUUUUGCUUUCACCCUCACCUCACUGAAGGAGGGGUAUGAUGACAUUAAACGUCAUCAGCAGGAUGACAAAUACAACAACAAAGCACGUACGGUGCUGGAUCCAGUGUCAGUAUCGUGGCAAUCGCGGCCAAAUUACCGCAUACGUGUUGGGGAUGUUAUCCUUUUAAAAGGCGAUGAAGAAAUUCCAUGUGAUGUGGUGGUGGUGGCGGCCACAGCGUCCACAGUUUACAUUCGAACAGAUAACCUGGAUGGUGAACUUGAUCUCAAACCGCGGGAAAUUGUCUUUCCCCACUCUGUCUCAUCCAACAAUGCAACGAAGGAUGAUACAACAACUAGUUCUGAUUUAAAUCUCAUUUGUGUUGAUGAUACUUGUGAAACAAUUAUCAACAAAGUGGGAAAUAUUAAACUUGUCAUUCCUCCACCUUCUGCGAUCAUUGAGUCGUUUGAUGGAGUUGCUGAAUUCACAUGUGCGAGUGGAAGUAGCGAGGAUGCGACUACGAUCUCUGUUUCCAUGUCCCACCACCAUCUGCUACCGCAGUCCUGUUUGCUUAAAAAAACAAAGGCUGCCUUAUGCGUGGCAGUUUACACUGGGGAGGAGACAAAGUGUGGCAUGAACAAAAGUCCUCCACCUGUGAAAUGGGCCAAGAUUGACCAGGAUGUCUCCCGGUACUCCAUUUUUGUCUUUUUCUGCCAGCUUGCGAGUGCCCUCACAUUUGGUCUGCUCGGUUACUUUUUGAACAGCCGAGUGGAAGAAGACUACUGGUAUCUGAAGUUGCCAUCGAACGAACUAGAUGCCUCACUCAUCAUUUAUCCGCUCCGUUUCUUUCUUUUAACGGCUGUUAUGAUUCCGGUCUCCUUCAAAUUUGUUGUUGACAUGAGCAAAUAUUACAUGGCAUUGGCAGUCGAGUGGGAUGAAACGAUGAAACCUGACGGGCCAAAUAGCGAAGGAUGUCGCGUUAAGAACUCGGAUAUACUUGAGGAUCUCGGUCAAUUGGAUUAUGUUCUAUCUGACAAGACGGGGACGAUGACGCAGAAUGUUAUGGAAUUGCUUUAUGUCACUAUUGGCGAUGAACGUCUGUGUCUGCAUCAGGAAAUAAAAGAAUUGGUGAAUAAAUCCGGGCUGGGUAUACCAAAUAAUGAGCGCGUAUUACACUUUGGAAGGAUUCUUUCUCUCUGUAACACGGUUGAGACGCUGGGUAAAUCUGGUUCGUCGUCGCCUGAAGGUGCUUUUGUUUUGCCACAGUAUCAGGCAUCUUCCCCUGAUGAGGAAGCCAUAUGUCGCGGUUGUGUUUCGCUCCACGUUCAACUUUUGUACCGCGACGCCAAUAAGGCCGUAUUGGAAGUCAAUGGAGUAAAGGAAACGUGGAUCAUUCAUCAUGUGUUUCCCUUUUUGUCAGAACUGAAGUCAAUGGGCGUGAUUGUCGAGGAGAAGUCCACAGGGACGUUGUAUUUUUUUGUCAAGGGGGCCGAUGAUCGCAUUAUGGAAAUGGCCGCCCCCACGUCAACACCAUUAUUUUCCACUUUAAGAAGCAGAGAAUCACAGGUGGAUUUAUUAACAUCCCAUUUGAAUUCUUACGCGCGAAAAGGCCUUCGGACAUUAUUGGUGGCAGAAAAAAAACUUUCUGAAAGUGAUUUGAACACGUUUAUGGAAGAAAUGAGGGUCGCGGAAUUGUCGUUACAGAAUCGACGGGAGCAAGUACAAAAAGUACGUCUAAAAAUGGAGAAUGGAGUAACAAUUGCGGGCAUUACGGCCAUAGAGGAUAAACUCCAAGAAGGGGUUCAAGACACGGUACGUGAUUUUAUUCGAGCUGGAAUUAAAGUAUGGAUGUUGACAGGAGAUAAGGUCCAAACAGCCGUACAGAUUGGACUUUCCUGCUCCUUGUAUGCCCCGGGAAAUCGCUUAAUUUACAUUGUUUCGGGAAAUUCAACCGAUGGUGUUGGAUGGGAAGAACACAUGAUGUCUAUCCCUUUACCAGACCCACCAAAGACCACAGAUGGAGGAUUAGGGAUUUUUUUGACGGGAGCAGAAAUCCUUGAUGAAGAAAACAUCCGCGGUUUUGAAAAUUUGGAAGAUGGUGAUUCUCUAAAGAAUGAGGUUAAAAAUGAGAAUGGUCAAUGCGAUACAACGCCCCCCGCGAACUUCCAAAAGGAUAAUUCCGUAUUAGUAGUGGAAGGCGGUAGGGUUUUGGAGCGCAUCCUUAGUACAUCGGAGCUAAGGGCACGUUUUGCUGCCUUAAGUGAUAACUGUGUAUGUGUUAUAUGUGCUCGUGUCACGCCCAAUCAGAAGGCCGCCCUGACAGGUUUUGUGCGCUCCAGGGGUUUCAUGACGUUGGCGAUUGGAGAUGGUGGAAAUGAUGUGGCAAUGCUUCAGGAAGCCCAUGUGGGCGUUGGGAUUGUGGGUAAGGAAGGUCAACAAGCUUCCCGUGCGGCCGACUUCUCUAUAAAUCGCUUUUCAGACCUCAGGGCUCUUGUUUUUGUGCAUGGCCAGCAAGCAUACAUACGUACGGCGUUUGUAAUUAAGUACAGUUUCUACAAGUCCAUGCUUAUUAGCUUCAUUCAGGUAGCGUACAAUGUUGUGGGGACGUACUUUUCUGGAGGGACUUUUUGGAACAGCUUUGGCCUUACGGUGUGGAAUGGGGUAUACACACUUCCUCAAACAAUGUUUUACUGCCUGGACCGCAUUGCUCCCCGUGUGGUUCUUGAACGACACACAUUCCUGUACAAAAGGACCCGACGUGCCUCGGAUAUGAAUAUUAAGGAAUUUUUUAUUGUAUUUAUAGCACGCGGUAUCGUUCAAUCCGUACUGACGCUGUUUCUUGUAACGGGGGUGUUUAACCUGAGCUUUGCGUUUUCAGAAACCGGAUGGGCUGCCACUCAUGAUGUAACUUUUUCUGUGGCAUACUCCGCCCUCAUCAUAUCGCAGAUGCUGACAAUGCUAUUAGAGUCUCAUUCUAUUACUUUUCUUAACGCUAUUGGGAUAUUUGGAAUGCCGGCCUUUUACGUGGUUAUGACGGCGAUUUACUCUUCUUUUCAAAGAUUUCAGUAUUUUGGGGUGUGGAACAACACAAUGAAUGUAAUCUCGUUUCUUACAGCGUUUGCUGUGGCAUUUGUUUUGGUUCUUCCUGUACUUGGAAUGUUGUCUCUGCGUCGGGCGUUAACUCCAAAUGCACGUGACGUCCUUCGGACAGCUGCAGUGCAAAAUCAGAUGCGUCGACAAAUGCGAUGGGGCCGUGGGGGCUGCUGCUCAAGAUUCUUUCGCUGGAUUUCAUGUGUGUCAGAGGAGGCUUCUUGUUUGCUUCGCCACCCGUCCCCUGUGGGGCCGUUGGAUGAUAUUGUUCAGGUUUAG